AUGGGGUCGCCGACUCCGGCCACGUUCACCCACCCCCGUUCACCUAAAUCACCUCAAAACCAGUCCUCACCGUCAAACCCGUCUCAAAAAGCUUCGUGGUUCUCUUUUGAUUCAGAGAAAGUAUUACCAGCUUCAUCCCUUGUUUCGGAUGUCAAAGUAGUGAAUGGUGUUGCCAAGACCGUCAUACUAGAAGGUUUGAUAAAGAACUUCCAGCCUUUGUGGAAGAAUUAUAUUGUCAGAUUUUUCAUUGGAGAUGCGCCUCAUAUAGGAAAGGUCCAUGCCACUGUGAAUCGUUUAUGGUCUUCGGAUAAAUUAACGAAGAUUGAUGCUCAAUUUCUUAACCCAAAAACUGUUCUGUUUUCGGAUCGAGGAUCCACAUAUGCGAAAGCGUGUUCUCAAGAGGCAUUAUUGGCAUAUUGGGGAUAUCCCUCUGGUGGUUCAGGAGUGGUCACCAAGAACGGCUAA